AUGGGUACAAUUGAAAUCAAUGGGGCAAGAAUCAAAGCAGAAGAAACCAAUGAACCCACCGAGAUCUUCGCACCCAUUAGUCAUCCAUUACCGAUUCUAACCACUCUGAAAUCUACCUCCUCACCCUCAGCAAUAAUCCAACCAGAAACCGGUUUGAAUGAAUCGAAUUUUGAUGCGAUUAUAGAAAUUCAAGAUUUCCAUACAGGUAUAGAAGGAAUUGAUUUAGUAUGGUCAUCAAAUGAACCCAAAAGACCUAUAUGGAACCAUUCAAGUUCAAAGCAACCUUUGGAAACCUCAGUUUAUGGUAUCACAUGGGACAUCAUCUUAACUUUAACAGCUGAUAUCUCAUCUAUAAAACUUCCCAAAACAUGGUCGAAUUCCUUAUCGAAUCAACCGUCUUCAAACCCAACCACCACCACCAAAAGCAAUGAAUGUUAUUUAGUUCAAGGACCGAAAGGAGUAGGAAAAAGUACAUUUCUUCGACUUUUACUUAACAAACUCUUACAAAGUUAUGAACAAGUAGCUAUUUUAGAUUUAGAUCCAGGACAACCUUUGUUUACUUCACCUUCAUUGAUCUCAUUGAAUUUGAUUAAUCAACCUUUGAUCGGUCCUUCAUUUUGUUUUCAAUCUAUACUUCAAAGUUCAUUAAGAUCUUAUUAUCUUGGAAACAUCUCUCCAAUCGAUUCUCCUCAACGAUACCUUGAAAGGUUAGAAGAUUUAAUUAAUUUUUAUAAACUUGAAUUUCAUGAAUUUAAUAAUCUUGAACCUGUCUUACUGACCAAACGUCAACGUCGGAAGUAUGAAGAAAGUUUAAACCAUCAAGUUGAUUCAAUCCAAGUGAAGAGUACGGGAAAAUGUUCAGAUAGGGUGCCUCUUUUGGUCAAUACAAUGGGUUGGACAACUGGUUUAGGAUCCGAACUUUUAAGUAAAAUUCGUGAACUUGUGAAUCCUAGUACGAUCUUCACAUUCGAAUCUCAAGAAACAUUUCAAGCAAAUGAGAAUAAUGAAGAGAAUCCGAGCAUACAAUAUCUAGAACCGAUUGGAGAUACACCACUUUCACUUAGAUUACCAUCAAAUGAAUCAAGAACCUUAAACUUGAUUUCAUACUUGUAUUCAUCAAACUCCACUCCGAUUUCACAAACAGAUCGAAAUACCAAGUUUUUUAGGAAAUGGGAUUUCGAAAACCAACUUUAUAAACAAAGACCAAUGAUCAUCAAUCAUAAAGAACUUUCCAUCGAUUUAUUCGAAGAAGAGAUACCUGAAUCUCAUUUAUCGUAUGUACUAAACGGAUCGAUUGUUGCAAUCCUUUCAAAUCAUCAUGAAUCCAAUUGUUUAGGAUUAGGAUUAGUUAGAUCAUUUGAUCAAUCUCAUGGGAUCCUUUAUUUAAUUCUUCCAGAAGGCUUUGGAUCGAAUGAUGAAAAGUUUAAGAUCUGUAAAGGAUUUGAACCUUGUUUACCUUUGAAUUUAUUAGUUUAUGAACAUGAGGAUCAUCAGAUUAAACCGUAUUUAGAAAUCAGGAAUCUUGGAAUCGGUCAUUCAAAUCUAUUGGUUGGGUUUGAGAAGAAAAGAGUUAGGAGGAAUGUAAUGAGAUGGUCUCAAAGAGGAAAUUAA